CCCCAGUUCCCACCCCACCCCGCCCCGAUGGCGACCGCGGACCCUGGCCCGGCGAGCCCGUCAUCGCUGGCCCCGCUCAGGCCGGCCUGCGCCGUCACCUUCGGCCGCUCCACGCUCCUCGGCCGCCACCUGGCCGCCGCGCUCGCCGCCUCCCGCCGAUGGUCUGCCGUCGCCGUGCUGGACCCCUCCCCCUGCGACGCCUCGCCGACCGCGCCCCUCGCCCACGUCACCGUCGACCUCUCCGACCCCGCGGCGGCUCUCGGCCCCGCCCUCGCCGGCGUCGAGGCCGUCUUCCACGUGGACCCCACCUCCGCCGCCGACGCCGCCGGCGACGGGUCCUUCCUCUCGCUCCACCGCGUCGCGGCCGAGGGCACCAGGCGCCUCCUCGCCGCCUGCCGCGCCAGCGGCGUGCGCAGGGUCGUGUACACCGGCUCCGCCGCCGCCGUCGCCGCCGCCGCGCUCGAUGUGGUCGACGCCGACGAGGACUCGGUGCCGUACCCCGACAAGUUCGGGAGCGCGGUCAGCGAGCUCAGGGCGCAGGUCGAGAUGAUGGUUCUGAGCACGGAUGGGAACGACGGGAUGCGGACGUGCGUGCUGCGGCCGAGCAAUCUGUUCGGGCCAGGCGAUUCGAGUCUGGUGAGGUUCGUUGCUGGAUAUGCAAGGUCUCCCUUGGGCAAGUUUGUAAUAGGUAGUGGAGGUAGCAAGUCUGACUUUACGUAUGUGGAAAAUGUGGUACAUGCCAACAUUUGCGCUGAACAAGCUUUAUGUUCCAAUGCUGCUUCUGUUGCUGGAAAGCCUUUUUUUGUUACUAAUGGUGAACCUAUCGAAACAUGGGAGUUUGUGUCCUGCAUGAUGGAAGCCAUGGGUUGCCAAAGGCCCAGAGUUAAUCUUCCUGCCAAGAUGCUAUUGUUUGCUGCCCAGUUCUCCAAUAUGAUUCAUCAUAGAUUGGGUUUGCAAAUGUCAUCGACUCCACCUCUCUAUCCUGAUGCAGUAUACUUCUUGUCGCACACAAGAACUUUUAACAUUUCCAAAGCUAGAAGGCAACUUGGGUAUGCCCCAACUGUAUCAUUGGAGGAUGGAAUCAUGAGAACUGCUGCAUCAGUUUCGGAACUACAAGAUAAUUUGGGUAUAUCUAGGAAACAAGGUUCUUGUGGAUCAUCGAAAGCAGAUAAGCUGCUUGGGAGUGGAGUAGCUGCUGACAUUCUCCUUUGGAGGGAUGAAAAGAAAACCUUCUCAUAUAUCACACUACUGUUUCUGCUGUUCUACUGGUUCUUUCUUUCAGACAGAACUUUUGUCUCCUCGUCUGCCAAAAUUCUUCUAGUGAUCUCCCUGGCUCUUUACAUCCAUGGUGUACUACCUUCAAAAGUGUAUGGUUUUACAGUAGAGAAGGUAACUCCUGAUUGUUUUGAAGUAUCAGACUCAACAUUGAGGAAUCCAAUCAUGUGCAUGGCUUCUCUAUGGAAUGGAGGUAUUCAUAAACUGAGGGUUCUAGCAGAAGGUGAUGACUGGGGUACCUUCUUAAAGGCUGUUGCUUCCUUGUUCUGUGUCAAAGUAAUGUUGCACUUCCAGUUUAGAACGCUGAUUGGUCUUGCGCUGGCAUCCUUGUUCAUUGUCUUCAUUGUCUACGAACAAUGUGAAGAGGGGAUUGACGCUUUAGUAGCUAUGGCAUCUGUCAAAAUCAAAUCCCUAGUGGACAGAGUUGGUAGAGAUUUGCCGGCGGUUCGAAAUGUGCUGGUCUCUUCGAAGGCGUCGUAUAUUUUACAGAUAAUCUUGGCGAUGACUCUGUGACGCUUUGCGGGCUGCAGCAUGCUCAGUUCACACACUUUCUCGAUUUCCGCUGCGGUUGUCCAAGAUUCUCGCUCCAACAAGUUAGGGUGAAGUGUGAAGUCCAGCUGACUGGAAUUGAGGAAUGCCUGUUCAUACAUUGGAACGUUUUGUCAAUCUGUGUAGCGUGUAUCUAACGUUUUCAUUCAAGAACUCCAGCUCCCUGCUUAGUUGUAGCUUCUUACUCGGUACUUAAGUUUUCAUCUCGAAAAGAUGUCUCGUUAAUCACUGACAAAAUUACAAUGCGUCCUUGAA